AAAGAUCGUCUAAAUUACCUCUGGUGCAAGCUGUUUAUAUAUGUCAUUUAUCUUACAUUUUAUGCAGUGUUUCUAGCUUCCGCUCUGGACGUCCUAAUCCCCUCCAGCCACCGGAAGCUGUAAAUAAAGCCGUGCUUGCAAAGUGCGUCACAGUGCGGAGCUGCAGAGAGUAAACGAGUCUGUCUGCAGUCUGGUCGCACCGACACUAUCCUUUCUCCUAUUUAUACAAGAAACCCGAGCUAACGGUUCCUCUCCACCAGCAGUAUGGUGAAGAUAGCUUUUAACUCAGCUCUGGCGCAGAAGGCGCUGGGCAAAGAGGUACCCGCCGCUGAGAAGGAUCCUGAGCUGGCCUCUGCUCCGGCGGGCAUCGAGGGCUCCACAGGUCGCUGCCUGCUCACCCUGCUGGGCAUCGCCUUCAUCCUCAGCGGGCUCAUCGUGGGGGGAGCAUGUCUCUAUCGAUAUUUCACCCCAAAGAGGAUGUACCACGGCGCCAUGCAGUUCAGUGACGUGUCCUCCGGGGGGGAGAGCCAGCCCUACUACCUGCCCCGGGUGGAGGAGGAGGUGGAGAUCUCUGACAGCAUGGCCGUCAUCAGCGUGCCCCCUCCCCGCUUCAGAGCCGGGGACCCCGCCUACAUCCUCCAUGACUUCAACAGGAAGCUGACGGCAUAUCUGGACCUGACUCUGAGGACGUGCUUUGUGAUCCCUCUGAACACCUCAGUGGUGCUCCCCCCUCAGGACCUCAUCGACCUGUUCUCCCAGCUGAUGUCCGGCUCUUACCGCAGCUACUUGGUGCACGAGGACUUGGUGGUGACGGAGCGCAUCGAUGACAUUAAGCCUCUGGGCUUCUACAUCCGCCGGCUGUGUGAGGGGAAGGACACGUACAGAAUGCAGCGCCGUUCCACCCUGCCAGGUGGAGGCAUCCAGAAGCGUUCCGCAGACGAAUGCUUCACCAUCCACCACUUUGAGAACAAAUUUGUGACGGAGACCAGGAUCUGCAAGGCUUGAUGAGAAAACACGAAGCAAGCGAGCAAAAGAGACAUAGAGAGAGAGAGUGUGAUAGGGAGAGAGACAGACAGGCAGACAGAGAGAGUGGGAGGAAGUAGGCGAAGGAGGGAACAGCUUUCAGCAGAAAGUUACUUUUGUAAAAUACUCAGUUUUUUCCUCCCCUUGCUUUAUCCCCUGUGAUAAGUGAAUUUAAUUUACAGCGUUAUACAGCCUGACCCCUCUCCUCUGCGGUUUCCCCCUCUUGCUAAAGUACUCACUAGUUGGUCUUGUACUAAUAACCAGCGUUACCCUGCUCUUUAAAGAUAUACUAAGUUUAAUUUGUUAUGUUGGUUUCUGGUGCUGUAGCUUCCUUUUUAAUUAUCUAGUCGUCGUUAAUGUGUUGCAACAUCCACUCACCUCCGGAUGAGAGUUGUUAGUCUUACUACUGAAUAUCCUCGUGAUACUGAGAAGUCAUUCAUAACAGUCCUGUCUGUGUGUCAGCCUACUGUUCCCGCUUUUAAUGGGGUUAUUAGAGCAGACAAGAUCUACUAUAUGUUAUAGUGUGAUAUAGCACAAGUCACCCAGGAAAUGUAUGGUACAGCUGCAGUACGCAUGUAACAUGGUCGUCUGUCUGGUCCCAGAGACGCUUGAGCCCCGAGCUCUCAGGCACCUUUGUAGAUAUUUCCCAGAGUGCCCUGCUGCUCCAAGGGGCCACUGCUGUCCUGCUGUGUGAAGAUUUUAUGUAAUUAACGGUUUCAUACCUGACAGGGCAGUCAGUGACUUUGUUUGUGUAGAGACUUCAUUUGUGACAAAAAAAACUUGAAGGAUUGUUGACGAGCUAAAGAAGUGAAUGAGCUAUAUGGAAAUUUGACCAAAUUGAAGAAGUAUUCUUUAUGUCCGUUUUUUAAUUCUUAUUUAUGAAUCCUAUGUAGCUUUACAGGUUGCUACAAGUUUCGGAAAACUCUAUGUUUAAAACUGUCACAGGAACAAUAUGUUUGUAAAAAUUGUCAUUGAUUUUGAAAGCCCUUAAGCUCGAAGGUAUUAAAAAAAAAAUGGCCUUUUGCCAAAUUACUUCAAGAGAUUUUCAUUUGUUUGCACUCAAUGCCUGCACAGAAAGACAAUCAGACAGGAAAUGUGUGUGUAAAAAUGUGUUUUCUGUCUAACAGUGCUAGAAAAAUAGAUACAAAAAUAAUGUUGUGUGCAGCUACUGAAAUUAAUUAACUUUGUUGCUGAAUAAAGUUGCAUUUCUUUACCUACUGAA